AUGAUUUGCAACGCCAUCAUUUCUUUUUUCUUCUUGGCUGUGGCAACCUUAGUCAAUGCUGCUCCUAAUGACCCCACGAUCCUAACACCAGAAAGAGGUGUCUUUUGUAGUCCAGUGCAAGCCUCGCCAAAACAUCCAAAUAAGGCAUACAUCAAACUACACCCCGAAAAGACAAGUGCUGAUUUCAAAAUACAAGGCUUGGUAUUCCAUUAUCCAGACAUCAUCAACUUUACUUCAGUCCCCAUCUUGGAAGAGUUCACGCAAUUGUAUGCAAAGGAAAAAACAACUUUGUACAAGACUAUGCUCAACGAUGACGGAACUUUCAAUGUUGACGCUGCAGAUGGUUACUCAACGGAUCCUAAAAAGUACUGGACUGGCCCAAUUGAAAAAGAUGUGGAAAUAACCAUUGUCCACUCUGGUAUCUACUGUGUCUACAUUGCUCCUCCGGCUGAUGAUACCGACAAGUUUGACAUCCCAAUAGUGUUCAAAAGCUACUAUGGAAACUUAAACUAUGCAACUCACUUGAUGUACUCGCAAAUAAAAUGGGCGGUUCUUUUAUCGAUAAUUACAUUUGCAACAUUGUUCAACUACAUUUUAAAAUUCAAAGUUGGCGAAAAUUUCAAAGACCUCAACUCCAUUUCCGUCAUCUCCAAGGCGGUCAUUUUCUUGGUUUUGCUUCCCUUUAUUGCCAUCUUGAUUUUCCAAUGGUUGGUGUUUUUCCUUAUCAACAAUUUCCUUGAAUCAUGUCAAAGCUCAUUUAUAAUAACGGGAUUGUUAUUUAUUGCGCAAUUUGCGUCCUUGGGAUACAACAGCUUCAUCUCGUAUGUGGUUUUACUUUUUUCAAUGGGAUUCGGAGUGAUUUACUACCACGGGGGAAACUCCCAUAACUAUAGAAUCUUCCCACAAGACUCAUUCAAAAAAAUCACUGCACUUCUUUUUGUUAAUCUUGUUGUCAUUUUUGCGGCAGUAGUAGGUGAGUUCCAGUCCAAAAACAGUGAUCCAUUGGUGGGAACAUACGGUCAAAAUAGCUUCAACCAACAAGGAAUGAUUGUAACUUUACUCAUGGCAUUAACGAGUAUAUUCUCCCUCUCUUGGUUUAUUCUUUCCAUGAUCUUUUAUUUCAAGACUAAAAAAACAAUUGCCACCUUCCCACCUGCAGCUGACGCUGACUCCACAGACAAAGUUGUUUCUGCAUUCCGCAAAUCCUUUUUUAUUAUCUACGUGUUACCCAUUGCGGUUGGGAUCUUUGGUGCAUGUGUGGCUGGUGCAUUAACUGCAAAGUCAAUGAAGAGCUUGCCUAAAUACCCAUCAAAUACCGAUCGGGAACUUGUUUACCAAUCAGCUUUGGCAAUGCAAGCUCUCGAACAUGGUAUUAAAAAAAUCAUUCUUCCUAUGUUGUGGUCAAGCUGGCUUUACUUUUUCACCUUGAUCAUCUCCAUUUUCUUUAUUUGGAUUGUGGACAACAAUGGGUUGAUUGUUGACCCAAAUGCAAAUGAUCCAAUUGUAUAUGCAGACGUACCUAACUUCAAUAUUUCCGAUGAUGAAGAGGACGAUGAGGAGAGAGACGAAGAAGAUAUCCGUGUUUAA